AUGUCUUCUGACGAGUCCAAGCCAGAGGCUACCUAUGAGGCAGGCUGCCACUGUGGCUAUAUCAGCCUCUCUGUGGCGCUCUCUCCUCCUCUGCCCGAGCAUGAGGUCACGAACUGCAGUUGCUCUAUUUGCCGACGAGGAGGCUAUCUUCUUGUUUAUCCAUCACACAAGAAGGUAACUUGGCACAACGACUCGGACAAGCGUCUCUCACGAUAUCUCUUCAACACCAAGACGAGAGACCAUAUGUUCUGUCCCAAAUGCGGGACCAGCAUUGGAAUUGACUUUGAGAAAGCAAAGCCCAGCCAUCCAUCUUACGGUAUCAGUGUGCGACAAUUUAACAACAUUGACUUAGACUCCCUCCGUUACACAAAGUUUGACGGCAUGCAUCAAGUAAAGCCCGCCGUUGAUCUAUCGGGUAGGGAGUUUGACUCAACAACCAGCGAGCCCCCUGCUUCUGAUGUCUAG